AUGGACGGCCCUCACCUUGGAAGCAUGGCUUCACAUCACGACAAUAUACAGCCAGUCCUGCCUCGGCGUCUGCCAGAGAUCUACGAUCUGGAAAUUCACAAUACCUGGACUGGCAACCUCGAAGACCCAGUCGCCGUAAAAAUAUCCAUGGAGGUACUGUGUCACCCAAACACAUUAGUUCCGCUUCUGAACACAAAUUUUCCGGGCAUCUCCCUCCAGACAACAUCGGUGUCCCGCGUUCAUUCUGACCAUUUUGGAACGAGUGACCAGUCUAGAGAUGACGGCCGCUCUCCGAGUCCCCUGUCUGCACACUCAUUUUCAGUGGCUGGUGUCACAGAGAUUAGAGAGGAGCUGAGCUUCGAUGCGGAGAAGUCGUCCGCUUUAGAUGAGGGGCAUGUGGCCAGCGAGAUUAAGGCUUUCCAUAAUGUUGAAUCCCCUGGCAACCGGUUUAUGGAAGAGAAUGCCCGUUCUGAUUCAACAAGCCCUCAAUCUGAAAGACCCAAAGUCACACGUCUAAGAACCACAAGCCUUCAAACGACAUUCCGUCGAGAUAUGACUCCCAUCACCACCCCCACCAAACCUCCUCCCGUACAUCUCAACCUGGCUCGAUCUGAGAGCGGGAAUACCUCUCAGAAUCUAGGCAAACGAAGCGCCGCAGUUGCUUGUCUUCCCAGUUCCGCGUCUGACACGGAAAGUGAGACGGAGGAGGACAAGAAAACAGUAGCGUGUCAGAACAUGUCGCACAGUGCCGUCUCUAUCGGUUCUGCUCUCAGAGAUAAGAAUCUAGCAAGAAGCCCACGUGCUAAUAGGAUGCAGAGGUCUAGAAGCAGUGUCUCCGGAACCCUUUGUUCGAGUCAUUCUAGUCGGGGUCCUAAGGCCGCACCCAUGUCUAGAGAAACACUCGAUCAGGCGCUCUCAGACACAGCGUCUGAUAUUGACUUCUGUUCCGCGAGUUACAUAGAAAUUGCGGGAAAUGACUUUUCGAGCACUACGGCCACUCUUGUCUACCCCGAAGACGCAGAUACCAGUACUGUAUCCCCUACGGUUGAAAUGGAACACGAAAAUGACUCAAACUUCACGGUAAAAGACAUGGCAAUCUUGGAAGAUUCCCUCUCGGAGAAAGAGUCCUGGAGGCAUCGCAGAGGCCACGUUGAUGGUUACUCUACGCCUACCCAACCAGGCCGGGAGCAUACGGGCAGCCGUAAAAUUCCGACGUCGCCCUUAAACGAGAAGCAGCAGUUCCCGAUUAAUUGCACAAAUGGAGCUUCUCCUCACAUACCAACGAAGUCGCCCAAAGACGAGAAGCAGCCAUUACGCUUCGGUGGCACGGAUGGAGCUGCUGACACUGAAUCAGUAAACGAUUCUCUAGACAGUAGUGAAACACCCGCACCCAGAUCACCAUCAAUUCCACUCUUGGACCCCAAGCAUGACGGUAUGACCGCGGAAACUCGAAGCCCUGACACGUCCCGGACCUUGACCCAGCCCGGAUCAACAGAGCAAUGCCUCUCCGAAAGCCCAACUGAGGAUUUCACCAACAACCCUGAAGAGCGACCUGAAAAUUCCCAACCGGAGAUAUUCAGCGAACCAGAGCUGACAGUUUCCAAUGGCAUAGUGUAUAUCAAAAGUCCCCCUAAUAUAACACCGGUACCAUACAAGGUGGUUCUUGCUACGGACAUCAAUCUUCAGAAAGGGGUACCCAGUGGCUGGAGCCGUUUAACCAUCCCCGGAUUGCCUAGGUUGAAAAAGGAUGACAUUGGGGUCUUUCUCUUCCAAACACCGCCAAACCACGGCCUCGAAUUCCGAACCGCAAACCUCGAAGGGAACAAAUGGUCGGGGGAUUGCUUUAUGGCCGGGUUUGCCUAUUGUGGAGACCUUGUGAUCGACCUUCAUCGGUGCAACAAAGGUUUCUACGGAAUCGUCAAGGACUUUACUGUGGAACAAGAGAUCAAGGCAGACAUCAUACGCCUUCCUGAUGCCGCAGACAGCGCUCAUGGUCAUCCGACAGAUGUCUGUGUCCAGUAUCAGGCAUUUUGUUCAGUCAAGCUCCCUAACCGUAGCUUCUUCGCCGAGAAAUGCUGUGUUAUGCUGCUAGUUGAUGGCGGCCCAGAGGGUUUCUUCCGGAGCGAGCUGGAUAUCCAGGAGACGGGGCUACAGGUGAUUCAGAUCGAACCGGAACAGGACACACCUUUGGGUAUUUCUACCCUACAGAUCAUUUGCAACCCAAAGGACUACGAGAUGUUCUGUAUAAGCUGGACAGUCAAGUUUUCGCGCGACAAGGCAAUCAGCUGGCUUCCCAGGGUUUAUCCGGGGCCAUCUGGUUCGAACGAUCGGGCUAAGCACUAUCUCAGAUACACUCACUUGGAGCGGGAUAUUGGGAUCCCUGCCACGAAUGCGGUCAGCUACGCGCCUGAAGGCUCUCCCACUGAGACAACAUCUGAAGUCGCUUCAUCAAACAAGACAGGAGACUUGGUGAGCAUCGAUGAAGAGACCAUUAUUCAAUGCGACGAAGACGCAAUCGUUGGCCACGGCCAGAGAUGCGCGAGCCUCGCUAAGAGGGUUAUUGUGGGGAUGUGUUGUGCUGGGUUUGCCAUGCUUGCAAUUGUCUGGCUUGGCGAUAAAUACGCCAACGCUUGCAGUCGUUCCCUUCGAGACAUUUCGCAACCUCUUGUCCCGAAGAAAGGAGCUAUGAACGUUAGCACUGAGGUGAGCCAAUUCGCUGACGACGAAACCCACUUCGAAUCGGGGCUGCAGCUCAACCAGACUGAGCCAAUUGAAUGGAAGGCUGUCUUGUCAAAGGAACCAAGUGAGCAGGAGACUUUUGACGUGCAGGUCGAAUUGGAGGAAGCGAAAUUUGAGGCGGAAACCGCGAAGGAAGAAGAGCAGCAGUCAUUCCAUCCGGUCACAGCCCUUGCGUUCCGAGAACGGAUGGAUAACUGGCUUGGAUGGCGUGGACCGUUUGAUCCAGCUGGGGACCGAGUGUGA